UGGGGCAGGGAGGCUAACAUGCACAAUCGCGACCCAUGUGGGCCGAGCAGUGGCUGCAGGCCAUGGGGACGGUGUUCGGAAGGGCUCUCGUGGCCCCCAGGUGGAUGAGCACGCAGGAGCCGGUGGUGGGGAACUGGUCCCACCUGUCUGCCAGUGCGGGUGAUGCAGCCGCGCCCUCCUGGUGGUUCCCCGGGGACAGCUGGUGUCAGGGAAGCCCCGCUGGGGAGGACAAGCUGAGCCUCCAGAGAGAGGUGGGGAACUACAAGCGGACGGUGAAGCGGAUCGACGACGGCCACCGCCUGUGCAGCGACCUCAUGAACUGCCUGCACGAACGGGCGCGCAUCGAGAAGGCAUACGCGCAGCAGCUCACCGAGUGGGCCCGGCGCUGGAGGCAGCUUGUAGAAAAGGGGCCCCAGUACGGGACGGUGGAGAAGGCCUGGACAGCGGUCAUGGCCGAGGCAGAGAGAGUGAGCGAGCUGCACCUGGAGGUGAAGGCCUCGCUGAUGAACGAGGACUUCGAGAAGAUCAAGAACUGGCAGAAGGAAGCCUUUCACAAGCAGAUGAUGGGGGGCUUCAAGGAGACCAAAGAGGCCGAGGACGGCUUUCGGAAGGCACAGAAGCCCUGGGCCAAGAAGCUGAAAGAGGUGGAGGCGGCGAAGAAAGCCUACCACGCGGCGUGCAAAGAGGAGAAGCUGGCCACGUCACGAGAAACCAACAGCAAAGCAGACCCGUCCCUCAAUCCCGAGCAGCUUAAGAAGUUGCAAGACAAAGUAGAAAAAUGCAAGCAAGACGUUCUUAAGACCAAAGAGAAGUAUGAGAAGUCGCUGAAGGAGCUCGGCCAGGGCACCCCCCAGUACAUGGAGAACAUGGAGCAGGUGUUUGAGCAGUGCCAGCAGUUCGAAGAAAAGCGCCUGCGCUUCUUCCGGGAAGUCCUGCUGGAGGUUCAGAAGCACCUAGACCUGUCGAACGUGGCCAGCUACAAGAACGUUUACCGCGACCUGGAACAGAGCAUCAAAGCCGCCGACGCAGUGGAGGACCUGAGGUGGUUCAGGGCCAACCACGGGCCGGGCAUGUCCAUGAACUGGCCGCAGUUUGAGGAUGAAGAGUGGUCCGCAGACCUGAACCGAACUCUUAGCCGGAGAGAGAAGAAGAAGGCAACUGAUGGUGUCACCCUGACCGGCAUCAACCAGACAGGCGACCAGGCUCUGCAGAGCAAGCCCAGCAGUGACCUUAAUGUCCCGAGCAACCCCACACGGUCAGCACAGUCACUGUCCAGCUACAACCCCUUCGAUGACGAGGACGACACGGGGAGCACCGUCAGUGAGAAGGAGGACAUUAAGGCUAAAAACGUGAGCAGCUGCGAGAAGACCCAGAGCUACCCCACUGACUGGUCAGACGACGAGUCCAACAACCCGUUCUCGUCCACGGACGCCAACGGGGACUCAAACCCAUUUGACGAGGACGCCGCCUCGGGGACGGAAGUGCGGGUCCGGGCGCUCUACGACUACGAAGGACAGGAGCACGACGAGCUGAGCUUCAAGGCCGGGGACGAGCUGACCAAGAUCGAGGAUGAGGAUGAGCAGGGCUGGUGCAAGGGACGCUUGGACAACGGGCAGGUUGGCCUGUACCCCGCCAAUUACGUCGAGACGAUCCAGUGACGGGCCGGCCGGCCGGCUGGCGGAGCGGGGAGGCCGUGGACCCGGGAGCUCCACUGGCCGUCGGCCCCGGGCAGCGGCGCCUCUGGCAGCAGCCGGCUGUGCGAGCAUCUGCUCCUUGUCCUGCAAAAGAUGAUGGUUCCGUUGCUCUUGGCUUCAUGGUGUCUCUCGAAGGCAGACGAGCCGGUCGUUUCCCCCGGGACUCGGCACCCUUCCCGCACGCGGUGCCGACAGAGCAGUCUGAGCGCAGGAGGACACGGUGCGACGGAAAGCGCCCCGGGCCCCCCCCCACCCCCCCGGCGCAGGCCGUGCUGGCUUAUCGUGGAUCUGUGCGUCCUUGCCCUUGUCCCUUCUCCUCUCCUUGGAGUCUGUGGCGGCUUCCGGCUUCCGCUGAUGCUCGCCCCGCCGCGGACAAGCCUCACCCGCGACUCAAAUGAACAAACUCACGUGCCAUCUGCAGAGUGAAGACUUCAGGGUUCCUAAUUUAAAGGCUGUGUACGGUGAUGCUUUUUUGCAUACGUGCCCUUCAUUCAUUCAUGCUUAAACAGUGGCACAGGUUGGUACCCACGGUCCUGCGGGGAGUGCUGUGCCUUGGAGGAGAGAGAGAGAGAGAGAGCGCGCGAGGGAGGGAGAGGGAGAGAGCGCCGUGGGAGGGGGGGAAGGCGGAUCCCCGGGGGCUGGAUUUCUCUCUGGGAAAGCCCUCCUCCCCGGGGGCACCCUCCCCGAGGUCCUGAUGUAACCUCACGUCAUGUCGUCAUGUCGUGUCGUCAUGUUCUCCCAGUGUCACCGUAUUUAAAAGCUGUUUCCGUUCCAUGUGUGUUUAAAACUCUACUCUUGCCAGUUAACAAUUUUGUCAGCGAUUCGGAAGGUUAGAAAGUAAGACUGACGCUGCCAGCACACGCGUCCGUAGGCGAAGACGCCUCACUGUCCCGUCUCGGCGCCUACCCGUGUACACUAUUUGAUGUUCCGAGAAUCUGAAGAGUUCGUCUACUGGUUUAACGAGAUGUAACGGCUUUUGACAGUGGGUUUCAUUUGUAAACUGCUUGAAGACUGUGACCUCCGGGCGCAGGCCUGGCCGGUGGGCCGGGCCUCCUCCGGGCUCGGUGGAGAUGGCUGUGGGCAAGUGUGUCCUCGCCGGCCGGCCGUGGGUCCACCUGCAAACUAGCCUUAGUCCUUUCCGUAGCAGAACACUGUAAACCCCCGUGUCUUUCCGGCAGCCGCACGGUCCGUAGUCCUCGAUUCCUCGCGAGCACACGAAAGCUGGGUCCCCACCCCCCGGAGCGCGGGGGCCUCUUCUGAGCGGCCGCGCUGGGGCGGGAGCUGCACCGUCACGACAGGGCAGGGGAGGGAGGGAAGGAGGGAAAACCUUUAUUUUGUGUAACUCAGACAUGGUGGGACGGCCGCCGCCAUCACAAGCUAUGCAUUUUCUCGAUGUUUCCAGGGAGCUUGAGGCCUUGCUUGGAAAGCGUGUGCGUGUGUGUGUGUGUGUGUGUGUGUGUCCGUCACGAAAACGUACCAGCAGAAAUCCUCAUUCCUUUGCUACAGAUUUACCAAAACUCGUCAAGUCUUUUCAGUUAGGAGUUUCUUUAAAUGUAUAGUAUUUUAGAACAAAGAAAAAAAUCAAUAAACAGUUGAUCUCGUGAGCGUGACCGUC